CCUUUUCUCUCUAUCACAGGAAACAAGUGACGAAUUAAGGAGACGCUUGGAUUAAGUUGGAUUACCUCUUUUGACAAUCAGUGAGAGAGAGAGAUAGAGGAACAAAAGUCAUUAACCAGAUUGUGAUUAGGACUUCAUUUUCUGAGGAAAAAAGAGGUCAACAAACAUGGAGUAUUAUUUUUACAUAUUGGUUGUAGUAGCCCUAUUCCUAAAGCUUGGUCUCUACUUCUGCUGGUAUCACAUGCGACGUCGAGCUGCACUAGCUAGGGAGGUUCACAUUGUAAUGCCAGACGGAACCACAAGACGAGCCGUGGUAACGGGACGCUCAUCACGGGGUAGAAGCAGACGAGAGGACAGACAGAUCCUAGCCCAUGCAGACACACUCCAGCACAGUGAGAACCAAGGCUUUGAGGAGAGACCUGCCUACCCCCACGUCAUGACCGGAGACGCUCCAGUAGGGGCUUUCCCUGAACCUCCUCCAUACGCAGGUAUAAUAGGAGGCAUGGGACAAAGCACUGAAUGGAAGCUACCCAAAUAUGAGGAUCUACCUCCACCAUAUGUGAACCCAACCCCUACUGAAACAGGUCGCAGUGCCUCAGAGAUUACCACAGUGCCUAUGCCAUCAUCACCAUCAGCACCACCACCAUCAUCGAUGCCGGUAACAGAUACCACUCAAUCCUGUUACCCUCCCCCUCCUGCCCCAUCAUCCCCUCCACCACCCCACUAUACAAUAUCAGCCACGCCAACCUUAGAUGAACAACGAGCGCAACAAACCACAGACCACACAUCCUUACGAUCACCAGCAGAGUUUCAGAACUCAUGAAUAGGUUGCUGAACAUUACUCUUAUCUUUCCUUCUUUUCUUUUUUGUCAUGGUGUGUAAUUUUAUAGUCUUUUUGUUGAUCAUUUUCAUGAAGAAAUUUGGGUCAGGGAUUCAAAUUGAAGUUCAGUACAUCACAUCCCUCAAAGUUAGCAGUGUAAAGCUGUAUCAUGAGGGCCACACCUGUACAGUUAAUGGGUGAAAACUCCUGUUGCCUCUGGUAGGCAAAUAGACACAGGAUUUCUUUUGUUGAAAAGCCAGCAUGAUAUUAUGUUAUGUCUGCUAGAUACUCAUUCAUGCACAAGCCAUUGUUCAGUACAUUGUUUGUGCGUGUGUUUGGAAUAAAGGUAACUGGGGGGUUCUUGCUCAUGUCGGGAGAAAUCAUGUUGUUUGAAGAAAAAAUAUAUACAGAACAGGAUCACUGAACCAUCGCAGCCAUGUUAUUCCUCAGCCAGAUAAUGCCCUGCAAAUUUUUAAACAGAGAUACAUGCUGAUGUCUGGAAAUGAUUUAUAUUACUGAGGUCCAUAAAUGGGUGUAUUACAAUCUCAGUAUUACAUUCUUUGUAUUUGCAUAGUGUUGUUGAUCACAUGGAGCCAUACAGUAUGUUGAGAUUAUUGGUAUUGAAUCUUUGUAGGAAUUUGGUAGUCAAAUUGGCAAGGUUGUGGUCAUGUUUGUUUAAUAAUAAUAAUAAUAAUGAAUGUUAUUUGUAUAGUGCAUAUCACUAACACAAAGAAAGUCCCUAUGCGCUUGUUUGUAUGAGAUCAUUCAGACUAGCUACAUUUCUGCUUCCUUAUCUGAACAAAUUUAAAGUAAGAUUUGUGUGCAGUCAAAGCUGCUGAAAUCAACUGCUUUUCUUUCAUUAUCUUUCUCAGUCAGACCUGCCUUUAACAGUGACCACGUGUAUAUAAAAACCUCAUUUCUUGUUUCUUUUUAAUUGGUCUUUCUACACUCAUGUAAAUGCAUAAAUCUGAAUGUAUAAUGGCUGUAAAAAAUUUCUUUUACGUAAUAUGUAGCUUAAGCAUGUGAAAUUUGUUUAUAAAAGACUUGUUUUUUGUUUGCCUGUACUCAUAGCCAAGUACUUAUCUCUCUAUUUGUUUUACCGGUAAGCGAUGUUUAGUAACACUUUUCUAUUGUCUCAAUCUGUUACUGUGUUUUUCAUAACUUUCCUACAUGUCUCAAGUGAUGUCACAUUUAAAUGCCAUUGGCAUUGCACAAUGCAAUACCGGCUCACCAAAUGUGAGUUAAUCAAAAACAACAUGUCAUUUCAAGAACAUUUGAAGAACACUGUACACACAGUCAACUAUUUGCAUUUCAGAACAGAUGGUCGGUGCAUCAUAACAAGUUCAUGGUAAACAUCUCUAAGUGGAAACAGUCACAAAUCAGAAAACAUGUAUUGACCAGGAAUGAUGAUCAUGGUUUGCUUGAUUUCCUUCAGUUUAAUGAUGUUAUUUUUGCCUUAAACUGAAGAGAAAAGAAUAAGUGCAACAAGUGAAUAUUUAUAGUAAUAUAUAAUGACAUGUUAUCAAAAGGUGUGUGUUUCUAAUCUAUCAUGGUUUUAAUUCUAAUUUAUGUGAAGAUUGAGAAUAUUGCAUUUGAUUAUAGCCUUGUUCUUGAGGUAAAGUCACGAUUUGUGAGAAAUGAUAUGAACAAAGAUUUCCUCAGCAUUAUCAAACAAAUAUUUCUAAGUCAUCCCUUCGCUUCCGCCUACUUAAUACAUCUCAACAUAAAUUUGUAGUUUAUAAAUUUUCAGGCAAAGUCUGUGUCAAACAAGGAAAUCUUUAUUUAGACACUAUAUCAUCAUCUUAUUUUCAAAUUGUUGCACCUUGCUUUCUUCUUCACAGAUUUGUCUUUAGAUUUUACUAACAUAUUUUAAAAUUGCAUUGUUUCUUUAAAAUGGUUUACAUUUAGUUUGGGGAUGUUAUAUUGAAACUUGUACAUUAUUUCAUCGGAAUUCUUUUAUUUUCUUAGUCUUUGUGCAUUUCCUUUUCUUUUCUGAUCUUUGUAUCAAUACUAAUUGAUGAUUCUUCAAUUAUGAUAUCCUGUGUUUAAAUUUAAUAAGUUCAUAGUUUUAUAUAUUUUUUAAAGAUGAAGUGUAAUUUUUGUAAACAUGUUUGUAAAUAUGGAAAUAAUGUGCCACUUGUGGCAAUAAAUAUACAUGUAAUUGAUGUAUGUCUAUGUAUUAAUUGAAAUGCUAUGUCCUUUAACUCAUUUUCAGUAUAUUCCACAUGGUAUAUGAAUGGUUUGCUCCCACAGGCAUUUGGGGGAAAUACCAGUAUACUUCUAUUCUCUGCCAUUUCAUGUAUAUUUUUCCUUUUCAAUUCCAUUCACAAUGUCCAUGAAUACAUGUGGGGUAUGUUGGUUGCUUAUGGAAGCUUGACAUUGCAUUAGUGAAAGAAAAUGAACUGUGUACUAAAAGUCACUGUACUUUUACUCAAAAGUUUGAAAGGGUAGUAGGCUUAUAUAUUUCAAUGUUGAUGCCAGACAAAAUGCAGGUACAUCAUAUUAAUGAUUCCUGGUUUGUGCCAACAAACUUAUGAAAGUUAAAACCUUCAUAACUCAAUAAUGAAUGCUCAUUUUUUUAACCACCAGUAUAAAUUUCUAUGACCUUCAUACAUAAUACAUGUAGGUGUAUCACGGCCUUAAGUGUUUGACACUAAUAUGUGUAAUAUGCAAGUCUUUACAUUGUAUGUAUUGCUAUUCACAUAAAUCGCAUAACUGUCCAUGACAAGUAAUGUACAGAGAAAAAAAGAACCUUAAAUUAUUGCUUUGACAUAUCGUGCAAAUCCAAACUGCUUGCAUUCUACAAUGUCUUGUCAGUUUACUCAAUAUAUCUAAGUAUACCAAGUGAAUAAUAAUGCUCUUGGAGUAAUGAAAAAAUCUUCUCAUUAAAAUGUUGUUUUGCUGUCCAGAACAAGAAGAAUACAUUAUAUUGAUUGUUCCUGCAAUUUGAAUUCAGUUGUGUUUUCAAGCCAGGUUUCAUUUAUAGAGACAUAUGACAUUUCUUUAGCCUCUUGUCAUUUAUGUACAAUGUACAAAACAAAGUCCAUUACAUUGAGGAUCUACUCACAAAGAUGAUUUAAACUCCAAACAAUAGUCCAAAAAGAUCAAAAAACAAUUGUUUGGGGGGGGGGGUGUGGUUUUUUCCCCCUUAAAUAAGGAUGUAGACCAAGAUUUGUUAAUUUAAAGAGAGAAGAAAAACAGAGUAAGGGCUAGAGCAGAUUUGUUGAGCAUUUUUCCCUCAGAGUUUGAUUGUUUUUUUCAUUGUAAAUUUGCCCAGCUGUGGCCAUCCAUAUUACAUUUAAAACAUUUAAAACAUUGGACAAGUGGGAUUAAACAACCAUUGUGUUUCUGCCUACGGUAUAUGUACAUUCCAGUAGGUAUGACAUUCUUCAUGAGUAACAGAGUCUUCAAGAUCAAUUAAUGUUUUAUGUCGAGCAGGCUGUGGUUGUCUGGGUACCGAGUAGUCUAUUCUUAGGCAAUAAUAGACAACAUGACGACACAGGAAAUGUGAUUAGCGUCACCCAUUCGUAGAUCAUACAUCACCUACAUAGCAGAAUGCAUCGGGGUAGUGCCAUGUAGACGCAAGAUUAAGGGUUUGGGAAGGGGCUAGAUUAGCCUGUAUGGUUUGAUAUUAUAAUGUUAUAAUAUUUUAUUAUUUUGAAUACAAAUGAGCGCCAUACAUGUAUGUGCACAGUCUUCCCAUCAUGGUGUGUAUACACUAUGAUAUACAUUUACUUUGUGUUUUAAAAGCCUGUG